UUGGCCCAGGGCUCGUGAAUGUAUAAUGAUUUGAGUCGUGGUUCUGCUUUGUCACUGUGUUGUGUUCAUUGAUUACGGUUGCCUGUCUUUCAGUGUUGCAGGAUCUCCUGACAAGAUGGUGGAAGUGAAAGAAGCGGUGCCUGAGAAUGAGGAACCGAUCAGCAGAAGCCGGGAGGCCAACUGGCCAGCGGUCCUCUUCUUCAUACAUAUACACCUCCUUUCUCUAUACGGAUUAUGGCUGCUGAUCUUUGAAGUCAAACUGUUGACCCUUCUAUUCUUUUUCAUCCUCACAUCUGUGGCAAUCUUGGGCAUGACGACCGGAGCACAUCGGUUAUGGGCACACGGAGCGUACAAAGCGAGCACGGGGCUACGGGUCACGCUUAUGCUGUUCCAGACCUUAGCCGGCGUUGGUUCGAUAUACGACUGGGUGCAAUACCACAGACUCCACCAUGCCCACUUCGCCACGGAAGACGAUCCCUAUGAUUAUAACAAAGGCUUCGUGUACGCACACUUUCUGACUCGACUGAGGAAAUUGAGCCCGCAACAGGAAAAACUGAAGAGUGCCAUAGACAUGUCGGAUCUUGAAAACGAUUCUAUUGUUAUGUUCCAAAAGAAAGCGUAUUGGUUCUUAUACGCGAUAUUGUUCGCGCUGCUACCACUGAAUGCUCCCCUCGAGUACUGGGAUGACACAGUUCUGAGCUCCGUGUUCGUCGUCGGCUUCCUUCGAUACUUAAUCGUGUUACAUGCCUCCUGGCUGAUUGACAGCGCUAUCAGUGUGUGGGGACUGAGGCCCGGAGAAAAAUCUCCGCCAGACUCAAACACAGUAUUCAUAUUAACAAAAACAUUCUGGCCUCACUACCACUACCUCGUGCCUUAUGACUACAAAUCGGGAGAAUACGGAACAUAUGACUGUGGCUGUUCGUCGGCCUUUAUCCGAGUGUGGGCAGCUCUUGGUCUGGCCACAAACCUCCAGACUGUGGAAGCUCAUACCAUCCAGAAGGCAUUAGCUGAUGCUGCAAGAACUCAGAAGGACUUGAAAACCUGCAUUGACGAAGCCGUGGUAAACCAGAAGCUUCCAGAAGAGCAUUACUUAAAAAGAGGAUAGUAUUUAAUGUUUUUUUAUUUUGUAAUUAAAUUAAGGUUUAUUCUAUAGUAAA